UUGGAGAGCGGCUUCCUUUCAGUGGCAGAGAAGAAGGAAACAAUUCCAAAUAUUCUGCAAGAAAUUCUCACCAAACUGAACCAGACAGGCAGUUGUGGACUUUUCAUCAAUGAAUUCUGUACAAUCAACUUGAAGCUAUCUCCUACGAUAGAAGAUCCUAAACCAGUGCAAGAUCAUGAUGUCCCAGUAUUUAUACAUGACAAACCAAGGGUGUCAAACACAAAAUGGGAUCUUACCACACAGCAGGUUCUGCAUUAUAUAGACGGGUACAAUCAUGUAGCCAAAAUAGCAGCUGAAGCUGACAUAGAAAUAAACCUAGUCAAAGCCUGUCUUCAGAAUCUUUUACAUAUUGAUGUGAUAACGAUUGUUUCCAUAUUUCAGGUAUGUUUUUUUUUUUUCUCUGAUAAAAUGAGCCGUGCCAUGAGAAAAUCAACAUAGUGAGUUUGCGACCAG